UACAGUAUUGAAAUUAUUGUCAUUACAUUUUUUCAAUAGAUGAUCACAUCCAAUUUUAAAGAAUAGUAGUACUUUUUUCUAAUUAUUCCUUUCUAGCUGAUUCGUUGUUGUCUGAUGUUACCUUUCCUUUUUUUUUUCUCUUCUGAUCUUUUAGGGUCCAAAACCGAAAAAAAAGGUAGGUAGACAGAAACACAUUGUAGUUCACUGUUUUGCUAAUUUUUGAAAUUGAUUUCCUGUUUUUUUUUCCCCAAGGCAACUGGUCAGGGUUAAUUGAAUCUGAAGGAGGAAGAGGCGUCUCCAGGACACUGAGCUUUUGUGCCUUUUGCAAGGAGGCCAAGUGUUCCUGCAGUACUGCCACUGUUUGUUUGGCUUGGCAACGGGUGUCCAGGCAGAGAGGCGAUGUCCUGGCUCUGUUCCAGCCAUGGUGUGUAGCAGCAGGACCAGGACAGCGACUGUCCCCUGUGCUGGGCACUGGUGGGGCUACACUUUGAGUCCUGUGUCCGGUUCUGGGUCCCUCACUGCAAGAUGGACAUUGAGGGCUGGAGCAUGUCCAGAGAAGUGAAAGGAGCUGAGGAAGGGACUGGAGCACCAGGAGCAGCUUGGGGGGCUCAUCCUGGAGAAAAGGAAGCUCAGGGGUGACCUUCUGGCUCUGCACAAUUCCCUGACAGGAGGGUGAAGCUGGGGGAAGUCAGGCUCUGCUCCCAGGGAGCAAGGGACAGAACAAGAGGAAACAACUCAAGCUGUGCCAGGGGAGACUCAGGUUGGACAUCAGCAGGAAUUUCAUCAUGAAAGGUUUGUCAGGCACUGGAAAGGGCUGCCUAGGGGAUCUUGGAUUUGCCAUCCCUGGAAGUGUCCAAGGAAGUGGCAUUCAGUGCUCUGGGCUGGAUGAUAAGUCCGAUGGCAAAAGUGAAAAAUCGAAGAAAGGGGAAGGGAAACUGAAAGAUGAGGCCCAAUUACAAGCUGAACAAGAAGAAGCAGAAAGGCUUGAAAAGGAGAGACUACAUCAAGAGCACUUGAAAAAGCUUGAGGCAAAGUAUCAAGACCAAAGGGAGUCUGAACUAGCAGAACUUAACUCACUGGAACAGAAGUUUCUUUCUGCACAGCAGUGGAAAAUGGAUUACAGAGAACAAGCCAAGUGGGAGCAUUACCUCAGCUGCGAUGGGACUCCUGACCCCACUGUACCUCAGGAAAUCAACACUUUCAUGAGCUUGUGGCAUGAUAACCAAGAUGAGGAUGUUGAGCUUGUGAUGGAGAAAGAGGAAGUGGUCCUAAAUUUGAUUGAGAAGUUGGAAUCUCUUCUAUUGGAGGCAUCACCAGAUGAGAUCUCAGAAAAACAACGAGACCAGUACCAGGAAUUUAUUCUGCAAUUGCAGGAUCUGCUUCAUAGGAAGUAUAAUGAGGCUACACAGAACCUGCUCAAAACAGCUAGUAUGUAUGAAGAUUCUGAAACUGGGAAUAUGCAUACAGCCAUAAAGGAUAAAUAUAGUACUUUUUGUAUUUGGGUCAAUCUGAAGAAGAAAGCAAGGUUUAGGAACCACGUGUUCCAGGAGGCCGGGCACGGCUUUGACCUGCCCAAAUCCCUGGCUCUGAGCAGCCUGGCUGUUCGAGUGCUGCACACCCGCUACGACCACGUGUCUCCCCUGUGGGUGCAGUGCCAAGGGCUGCCACGGCAGGAGACCUCAGACAGUCAGGAGUUAGCUGAGCAUCCAAAAAACACUGGGCAAGAACCAGCAGAAGAGGAGGAGAAAGGCAAGGAAGAGCCCAGCGUGCCUGCUGCAGGAAUGUCUUCUAAUGGGAGAAAGGAGAGUGCUUCCUCACUGAAAGAAAAGAGCAAUAACACAGAUGAUGUUAAAGAGACAGAGGAGGAAACUGAGAAGAAUUCAGAUAUUUUGGAUGUGCCACCACAAGAAGAGGAGGCACUGCUGCAGGAGGAGCCAGGAGGCAGAGAAGAGGCACCAAGGGUUGUUGAUGUGCAGCAGCUGGUGCCCGUGGGGGGUGUGUACCACAUCGAUGCCCUGCAGUUGCCACCCCAGGCCCAGGACGUUGGGGACUGGAGCAUGGUGGAGCUUCAGGAUGUUGGAUUGGAGGUGUAUCCAUAUUCCCCAGGAGAGGCUGAAGAUGGCACACAGGAAGCAGUAGAGAUAACCCUGAGGCUUCCUGAUAAUGUGAUUUAUUUUAAAGUGCCCAUGGUAGCCCGAUGGGAGCCUGCAGGCCAGCAGUGGAGAGCUGAUGGUAUCAACAACAUAACCUAUAAGGCAGAAGAAAAGAGCAUCACCUUUAGGAUGGGUGCCUUUUAUACAGUAGCACUUCUCCAGGAUGCUCACCUGAACCUGCCCUAUCAGGCCUGGGAAUUGCACCCCACUGGUGUGGAUGAAGGACUCUUCACAGUUACUGCAGUCUUUGCAACCAUUCAGAUACAAAUUAAGGAUAACCAGUGUAUGUUGUCUUCAGUAGUGGUGGAAGAAGAGAAGGUGCUUUCCCACAUCACAGGAAAAUGGAUGAGUCCUUUUGCCCUCAGAGAAGCUUUGAAAAGAGCUGGAGUGAACAUUUUCCCAGCAGAGUACUCUCCUGAGUAUGUGCCUGUGCCCAGGAAGGGUCAAAGAAGAAAAGAUCCCAGGGAAGCCAUGACAUGUCUCCAGUUGCUUCUUUUUCCUGCCAAGUACCCUGGGGUGAGUGCAGCAACCCCUGAGGAUGGAGAGAGGCUUUGGAUGAAGUGAAGAGGCUUGGGGAGCCCAUUUUCCAGAAGGUUUGAAGGUUUGUCCAAUAUUUGGUGCUUUUGUGCAUUUUAUGUCUGUUUUUUUUUUUUAAUGGAUGUUUGAGUUCUAGGAUUAAGUUCUAGGACACUUAAAAGGGCAUUUUCUCGUGCGUGGCAUCAUUUUUUAUGUUUUUUUUUUAAAGUUUUGUUCUGUGGGGAAAAAAAAAUUUUCAUGCUUUGUAUUCAGGAUAUGCAGACGCUCUAUUGACCCUCCCACACCAAGCAGUCCAAGUGCACAGUAGUUAAUUGGAUUAGUUGUUAUGUAAAGAAUAAUAAUUAAAUCUGUUGGUGCUUCUGUUGGUACACUCUUAAAAUUUCAUGUUCCUGUGUACCUGGGGCUUUGGCCAUACUUAUGGAGAUGUAAAAUAAGCACUUGGAUUGCUCUAGACAUGUUGUGGGAAAUGUGUGUUAGGAGAAGCCCCCUCUGAAUAAACUGUUGUUCUGUUGUAGAGAUCUGCAGCAGUGCUGGCUUUGGCAGAGUGGUUGAAGGGUUUGUGAGAGCAGAGCAGGGAAAUGGACAAGUCACUCCAGUAGGGUGAUGUCUGUCUCCUUAUAUUAACAGAAUAUAACAGAAUUGUAACCCAGCUGUGAACCCAAAGCCUGUGGCAAUAAUUGAUAGCAAUAACUGUACCUUUUUACCUCGGGGUCACUGGCAAGCAUGAAACAAGAACUGACCCAGAACUUUUUGUUGGUGCCCUGGCAGGGAGAGUAGCAGCCAACAGUGUUGGAAGAAUUUCUGUGAGUCCCUGUGAGAUCAUGAUUUUCUUAACAACUUCAAAAUUAGUUUGAAUAGAAAAAUGUGGGUUUUUUUACACAAAAACCUCAUGUGCAAAGUGUGCAAAGAUGAUUUAA